UCAACGUUCCGCUCGUCUCCAGCUGUGUACUCUUCAGCUGCCAGCCGGACCACAGAAACCGACCCGGGAUCAGAAUUCACGGACAAAACUCCAGCAUUUCAAACUCAACCCCCUUUUCUGAAACCAAGCCAACCUGUUGAGUGUCACAGUGGAGAAGGCAGGCAGGGUGUUGGCGUACUGUGUGGAGAAAAGUCGCUUGUCCUGACUCAGAUAUCCGCCUUCUUGGGAGAAAUUUCCUUGUUUUGUAGUUGCUAAAUACAACGUGUGAGAGGUAAACAGCCUCAAGCGUGAAAAUGUCAAAGAUCUGUGCGUUGGUGUUGAUGACACUUGUGUCCCUGGUGCUGGCGGAAGAACAGAACUUGGAGGAGGACCCAUUUACCUUUGACUACCACAGACUGCGUGUUGGAGGCCUGAUUCUAGCUGCUGUCCUCUGUCUCAUUGGCAUCACCAUCCUGUUCAGUGGCCACUGCAGGUGCAAAUUCAACCAGGACAAGAGGAGGAGGACAGGAAGCAAUGCUCAGCAGAUGCUCUCCGACCAAGGUCGUUCCUGCGACUGCUAGAUGUCAACCAGAACACACAACUGUCUUCUCGAACCUGCAACCAACAAAUAGCAUGGAGGAGCAGCAGCGGGAUUUAAAAUAUCCAACGAGAGGCUUUUGUUUUAUUGUUAGAGAGCAACAGAAAGUAGUCUGUGUGUACAAGUUGUGUGCAAGGUGUGAUAAGAAGAAACUGUUCCUUCCAUAACUCAGUGUGAAUGCCUUGUCAGUCAUUGUUGAUAGUUUUGGUUGAUUGAACUGAGAGUGACCUCAUACAACAGUUAAAAGAAACCUAUUACCAAAAACAACCUUAAGUCUCCACAUACAGUAGGUCGUGUCAAUGUCUCACACUACUUCUGUUGUGUGUACGGUAUGUGUAAGGUAAACAUUGAUGUAGAUAUUAGUCGCCUACUGUGACCAACCUAACCCACUGUCCUUGCUUUUCUGUCACAUAUAUGAAAUCCACGUAGUCCCGAGUGUUUAGAGUGCUUUUGACAAAGUAUGAUAAUCUGUUAAUUCCCAUGUUUAGCUUUAUGGAGGAAAGUAGUGGAUUGCACUGUUCAGAGAUACAGAAACACUCUGUCAUGUUUCUAUAAAAAAAUAUUGAAACAAACAA